AUGCCGAUAGCCGACGCAUACAUGCCCAGCGCGUCCGUCCCCUGCCCGGGUCCGAUGCGCGCGACGACGGGCGAGCGCGGCCGAGGCCGGGGCCGCGGCGGUCGCGGCGGUCGCGGCGCGAGCGGCGGUCGCGGCGGUCGCGGCGCGCGCGGCCGCUUCCUCGCGAACUGGGCGCGAGAUCCCGACGUCGCGCUCUCCGUAAAUCUCUCGCAGCUGCUGCGUCACGGCGCGCUCGACGCCGGCCUCGGCGACGUCCUCACGCCCGCGGGCGGCGUCCCGCUCGAUCGCGUGCUCGCGCUCCCGCGGUUCAAGGGCGUCACCGCGGAGGCGAUCGAGACGCUCGUCGCGAACUGCCCGAAGCGACGGUUCGAGCUCUUCCUCGCGGAGAAGGGCGGCGGCGGGGAUGACGUGACGACGAAGAUGAUCCGCGCGACGCAGGGGCACUCCAUCCGCGGCGGCGCGCUCGACGAUGACGCGAUGCUCGCGCGCGUGUCCGUCGAGCGCGCGCGCGCGGAGCUGCGAUACGCGGUCCACGGCACGUCGCUUCGCGCGUGGGAGACGAUCAAGACGGAGGGACUGCUAAGGAUGCGACGGCGGCACGUGCACCUCGCGGCCGCGCUGCCCGGGAGCGCCGACGAGGUCACGAGCGGGAUGCGAAGCGACGCGCAGGUCGCGGUGUGGGUGGACGUCGCCGCCGCCGUCGCCGACGGCGUCGCGUUUUUCGUAGCCGCCAACGGCGCGGUGCUCACGCCGGGCGUCGGACGCGAUGGGGUGUUACAUCCGCGGUACUUUCACCGCGCGUGCCGAGUGCUCGAUCGCGCGAGCAGGGAGGGUGAGGCGCUGCCGCUGGCGGACGCGGCGGCGUGGAAGGACGUCGCCGAGAGCGACGACGACGACGGCGACGGCGCCGCGACGGAGGAAGGAGGAGGACGCGAGGCGGGCGGCUCCGAGUCGACGCCGAGCCGGUUUCCCGCGCGGUGGGGCCCGGAGCCGCUCGCGCAGACGAUGGACUACCGUCCGCUACCGGGAGGGUACGGCCACGGAAGCGGCACGCUCGCGAGGUGGAUACAGGAGAACAUGGACGCGGACGCGAAGGGACGAGACGCGAACCAACUCGGGUGACGACGUCGAGCGGCGCCGACGUUUGUUACGAGGAAAUAAACUGAGCAUCUA